GCUCGCACAAGCAGCUCGGCAGGCGAGGCGACGAUGUCGAUCGUAGCCACGACGCAAGGGUACAAGAAGAACCAAGGGAUUCUUCGGCCGUGGAGGUCUCGUCAGUUCACUUUGCUCAGCGAUGGGUGGUUCAUGUGGGACAAGGAGCAAGCAGGUACCCGCGGCAAGUGCUGGGACUUGGUCGAGACGGUCAUCGGAUCCACGUUGACGAGAGUGAACCAGUACAUCACGUUUCUCGUGACGUUUGAAGAUAACACGAGUUUAUUGGGGUUCACGUCCGAAAUCGAAGCCCAAGAAUGGAACGACAUGAUGCAGGAAAUCGCAGACGAAAACGCCGCGGGACGGCGCGAGUGGACGGCAGGGUUCAAGGACGCUUUGAAAGCGCAAUACAUUUUGACUCGGCGGACGCUUGUGCUCAAGAUCAAGCCCCGCGACUGGAACAAAGAGUGGCAGUUCUGCUUGCGGUCACAGCCCGGCGAUGGCCUUUCCAUGCAAGUGCGCCGAAUGAAGCGAAUGUAUGGGUUGUGGCUUCAAUUCAACCAGUAUGCCCUCAUGCUGGUCGACGCAGUUGUCCACAGUCCGGACCCUACCGAGUUCGAGCGCGACUACAACGAGACCGACAGCCGCGAGUGGUGGUACGACCCGUCGCAGCCCCACAUGAUCAUCUACCAAGUCGGCCCGUUGAUUCUUAAAGUGGCGGCGCAACACUGGAGCUGUGCCAAGCAACUCCAGCAAGACAUGCGGUUCCUCGGGUCGUUCAAGGAACUCUACGACGUGUUCCGAACACUCGCCAUCGCGACAGUGCAGGGCGACAAAUUUCGCGACGUUCAGCAGCUCAAGUUUCCGCUCGUCUCGACGCUCGAAGCUCGAGACAUGCGAGUUGCUGUCUUUGCUCAACCGAUUGGGGACUCGCACCCAGUCGGCGUUCCAAGCCAACAAAUCCACGCGUUGCUGACAAAUAUGAAGUUCACGCGACCCGCGCAGGUCCUCGAUGCGCUCCCGUACAAGGAGUUGCCCCGCUUUUCGUCCAUCUACCGAAGCACAGUCUCCGAUGACAUGUACUUGAUGCAAAUCGAAUCCCCCUAUGCCAAUGUGCUACGAACGUCGUUGCGCCCGACGGCGGCGAUGGCGGGGUGUUUUGUGCGUUGCGAUGAGACUCGUCCGAUCGAAAUGCUGAGCGAUGCCGACUUGGCUAACAUGAAGGCCGAGUUGGAAAAGAGCAAGAAGGGGCUCGUCCACUACCUCAACAUGAAAGGCAUCAAGAGCAAGUUUGAGCUGCUGCCGUACUUGGACUUGAUGUACUUUUCCACCGACAUUGUAUCGACCGCGGUCAAUAAGCGCGCGACGAAUGUCGUCGGGUCCAAAGUGUACGGCGACGUCGUCUUUACGUACAACCCGACCCACAGCCGGCUCCCUCUCGAUUUGAAGGAAGCGUUUGUGCUGAAUCGUGCUGCGGGCGACAUCAAGCACUACGUGUCGAUGCUGCGCGAGCCAGACAUUGCAUCGAGCUCCGUCGAGCGGUACGAAGCAAACAUCAUGCAAACGAUGGCAACGACGAUCGCGGACUUUGCCGCUCGCCUCGUGACGUUGGGCGAUGCGAUACAAGAACAUGCCACGAUGACAAUGCAAAAUUCUGAACCAGCCGUCGACAGCCGCGACGUCAUUUACGUCUCCGACGGCAACCACCUACGCGAGCACAUGCGCAACUAUGGCAUCAACUUGUGUUUUCUUCCAGCUGUGUUGGGCUCGUUGGCGUUGGUACAACAUGGUACACAGACCGUUGUCAUGUCGGAAAUCGUCGCGCGCGUCGCCAAGCACAUGCUUCGACAUCAGUUGGUGCGGCACAAAGACAAGGCACGCACACCCACUGCCGUACAAUUGUUCAACUCGAUCCUCCAAGGGCUCGCGGAAGCGUCGCCGCAUACCAGUCAGUUCUGGGGAGUUGAUCUGCCGCUGUGGUGCACCCUCGGCCCCUAUUCCGCAUCCCUCUCGGUUGUGCCCCAUAGCGUCAUGAACACCGAAUUAUUUCAUGGCCGAUUGAGGCAAAACCCGGCGCCGCUGUACAUGGCACUGCUUCGGACGCUGCGCCUGACUCUGACCAGCCGCGUGAUCAAGAAGCUCCUCGCCGACGGUAAUACGCUCAAGUUACCGCCGUUGGAAGAAGAAGACAUCGUAUCGUUUCAAAAGACGAAACUUGUGACGGCCUGGUCCAACCUCCAACACACAGACCUCACGUCGUUCACGCAGCAGUUGUUGCAUCUCGAAAAGCUGUACCAGACGACGCUCAUGCCGUCGCGGCAUAGCACGAUGCGCCAGCACAACACCGCGGGACACGUCGUACAGAGCAAGGGCGAUGGAUAUCUCGAGCUCUUUCGCACAGUCGACGAACGCGUGUCGGGGGUCCUCGAAGGCACGAGCGACAACGUCGAGGAGUACGGAAUCGAGCGCAGUCUUCUUGCGAAUUUGCACAAGGCGAUGGCGUGUGCUAGGGCCGCCGACGUUCCGGCCGUCCGCGCGACUUUGACGGAUGUCCAAAGGACGAUGGAUCUCCUUCCGUCACACGCGUUGGUUCCAGUCGGCGUUUAUCUUGUCAUGGUAUUCCUUGAAAUGUUCCUUGUUGAAAACGAGCCGCCCCAGGCCGUCGAAACCCUUGUCGCCGUGUACAUUCACGCGUGGAGGUGGCUGCGGCUCUUGUUUCGACCCGGCAACAUUUCGCAGCUCAUGAUCGAAUCGUCGUCGCACAUGCUAUCGCUUGUCGUACUCGUCAAGUUGCGUCAAGUUCUCAAGACGUUUGCCACCCAAAACGUGUCAAUUCAGAAAUUUUACGCGAUGCUAACGCUGCUGGUCAAGAGCAUGCCAUCGUGGCAAGACCUAGCCAAGUUCCUCGAGCCGAAAAACUGGUUCAAGAAGGUCGAGCAGCACUUUCUCGGCCUGCGGGCCAUGUACCUACCCAAAGCGCUCCUCGACGACCUGCAGGCGAUCCCACCCUUCGACUUAUGCGACAAUUCGUUCUGGGCCACAAACGGCCUUGCGUUCGUCGAGGGCAACAUGAUGGGCAUGAGCCUAGACGUCGAGCAGCGCAAUAUUGCCGCGAACCAGCAGCGGGACCCGGCGCUCCAUGCGUUUUCGAACGCGCAAGCGAAUGCUCCAGUCCGCAACAUCGACUUCAACGUGCUGCAAUUCCCCUUACCCAUGAAGAAUACGGUGCAGUUUGUCAGUUGCGGCUACCGCCAUGCGGCCGUCAUCACGACGAGGGCCGAGUUGUUCACGUUGGGCUACGGCGAAUGCGGACGGCUUGGGCACGGAGACGAAAACGCUGUCACCCAACCAAAGCACGUCGACUUCUUCACUGGUAUUCCGGUGAGCCAUGUCUCGUGUGGUCGUGAGCACACGAUGGUCGUGACGGCGGACGAGCGCGUGUUUGGAUUUGGAUGGGGCGAAGCCGGACGUCUGGGCACCGGUGAGAGCGGCAAGUGCUUGCAGCCCUCGCAAGUGACCAACGUGCCACCUGUGAGUAAAGUCGCUUGUGGACGAGAACACACAUUGAUGCUGUGUACAUCGGGUCAAGUCCUGGCGUGUGGAGCAGGAUAUGGAGGCCGGUGUGGCGUUGGCUCUGAAGACGACGUGCCAGUGGCGACGCCAGUCGUGAUUGAGAAUACUCCCGUCAUUGUCGCGAUCGAUGCCGGUGAAUGUCAUUCCGCUGCGAUUGAUCGUGACGGCAACGUGUACACUUGGGGGUUUGGCGGGUCCGGGGCGCUCGGACGAGGCUCCCUUGAAAACGACGUCGUACCGCUGCAAGUGCCGCUGCUCAAGGCCUCCUCUGUUGGCUGCGGCGCGUACCACACAGUCGCGGUGCUGCUCGACGGCACCGUGUACGGAUGGGGGGACGCUUUGGCGGGCCAGCUCGGAGAUAUCGCAGUCACUCUUGGUGACAUGCGAACUACUCCGCACAAGAUUUCGAUCGGUCAAGUUGUGGCAACUCAAGUCAGUUGCGGGUCGUUCACGACAGCAAUCGUGUCGACUACCGGCGAGGUGUAUCGGUGGGGAUCACCGGAAGCGGGCAACGGCGCGCCGUUGAACAAGAUGGACGCGUGUCCGACAAAGGUCGAGAUGCCGGACGGAGUGCGCAUGGGGGUUGUGUCGUGCGGAGCGUAUCAAAUGAUGAUGGCAACGGCGGUGGCAACAUUUACAUUUCAAAAGGACGAGCAUUUUUGUAUGUAAAUGGAAAAUCAUGCAGCAAGAGAGCGCA